AUGAGAAUCCACACUGGGCAGAAACCUUUCUGUUGUGAUCUUUGUGGACAAAGAUUUGACCAAAAAGCAACCUUAAACAACCACAUGAAAAUCCACACAGGACAAAAACCUUUCCGUUGUGAUCAUUGUGGAGAAAGAUUUAGUCAAAAAGCCUAUUUAAAAAAACACACAAGAAUCCACACAGGAGUGAAACCUUUCUGUUGUGAUUUGUGUGGACAAAGAUUUAACCUAAAAGGAACUUUAAACAGACACAUGAAAAUCCACACAGGACAGAAACCAUUCUGUUGUGAUCUUUGUGGAGAAAGAUUUAAUCUAAAAGGAACUUUAAACAGACAUAUGAUAAUCCACACUGGACAGAAACCUUUCUGUUGUGAUCUUUGUGGCCAACGAUUUAGCCAAAAAGGAAAUUUAAAUACACACAUGAUAAUCCACACAGGGCAGAAACCUUUCUCUUGUGAUCUUUGUGGACAAAGAUUUAACCAAAAAGCAACCUUAAACAACCACAUGAGAAUCCACACUGGGCAGAAAUCUUUCUGUUGUGAUCUUUGUGGACAAAUAUUUAACCUAAAAGCAACCUUAAACAGACACAUGAGAAUCCACACUGGACAGAAACCUUUCUGUUGUGAUAUUUGUGGCCAACGAUUUAGCCAAAAAGGAAAUUUAAAUACACACAUGAUAAUCCACACAGGGCAGAAACCUUUCUGUUGUGAUAUUUGUGGACAACGAUUUAGCCAAAAAGGAAAUUUAAAUACACACAUGAGAAUCCACACAGGGCAGAAACCUUUCUCUUGUGAUCUUUGUGGACAAAGAUUUAACCAAAAAGCAACCUUAAACAACCACAUGAAAAUCCACACUGGGCAGAAACCUUUCUGCUGUGAUCUUUGUGGACACCGAUUUAAUGUAAAAGGAAAUUUAAACAGACACAUGAGAAUCCACACUGGG